AUGCCCAACCAGCAUUUCAGGCCACUCUCACGUGGAUUGAAGUUAAUGAACGCAAUUGUUCCAGGUGCAAUCAAGCGCAUCAAUCACUGCCCGAGUCGGGCUUCUGCUGCAGAUAACCUUACGUUGUUUCUAUCUGCCUGUGAGGAAAAGUGUGGCAUACCACAAUCUAGGUUAUUCGAUAUAGAUGACUUUGAUGACAUAUUUGAGCGCCGAACCGAAACUCAUCCACGGGAGGAGAAAAAUGUACAACAUGCUGAAAAGGUUGCAAUAUCACUCUUCUGGCUUGCUAGGUUCGCCGAUCAAGAUCCCACUUGUGCCCAUUUACCAAGGCUGGACUACAGCGCAUUCGGCGGAGUCCUACCUAGGUCUUUGAUUCAGAGUUCUUUGUCAGGUUGUGUCGGGGACGGGAUCACUUCCCGAUUUCUCCGAAAACACCAACAAGAAGACUCAUAUCUGGUCAACGGAACAGUUGGUCGGAAAUCGCCAUUGACAAUUGAACGUCACGCCCAGGCACAUCAAUUUGUCAGACCGACACACCAGUCAAUGGGCAAUUCAGAUUCCGCCCCGCAGCAGCCGGUCAGUGUAACUGAAGGUACAUGCCAAAAGCAGCAGUCUCAGUUAUCACAAGCAAGUUCCUCAGAACCGUCGCAAGCUAACAAUAAUGGCCUUGGAGAUGAUGCAUGGCAAGAUGAUCUAGAUGCUUGGCGCGAAAGACGCCGGAAAGCUUCAAGAAUGCAAGCAACCAAGAUGACCUCGCUGGAGGAGGCACAGGUUGCAGAAGAGAAGAAAAAACAAGAAGCCAUUCGUGAUAGGAUGCGCCAAAUAAAAAGUCAACGAAGCCUUUCUACCAAUUGUUACAUUCCGACAACUGAUAUAAUUCGUCCCGUACCCCCUAGUAGUCCGGGGAUGGCACUACUCACUGGAGGUGGGGGGAUAAAUGUUUUCGACUUAAGCGAAGAGACGUCUUCACUGGAUGCGGAGCUGGCACAACCACACGUGGACCAAAACGAUGAAGUAAUUCAGCCUGUUGCUCAAAAGCUAGAGUCCAGCAUACCAUACCCUGUGGAUCACUCCGAUUCUUUGGGUCCUCGUCCUGCAAUCGAACCUAUCAACAUUAUCAGUGUCGUUUCGGAUUCUCAGCCUGUAGUGGAAAUCUUCGAUGAUGGAACUGCCGUUCCUGAUUCCCAACCUGAAGUCCAACCCGGACACAUUGCCUCAUAUUCUCAGACUCAGCCUGUGAAUAAUAUUAUUUCUGAUGUGAUUUCAGUCGACAGUCCACAACCGCCUCAGGGGAGCGCCUCCCAAAACAGGGAAAUUGCGGUCGAACCGGCGCAAUCGCGUGUUUUCUCCCCAAAGGAAUAUAAGGAAGUCAAAAUUCGUAUUCAUCCGUUGAUGAAAACCUCUGAACCUCGAUGGGGUCUCACUUUACGGGCUGAAGGUCCCUUAGAGACUGCCCCAUUUGUGGUGGAGCGCGUGAAAAUCGGUAGCGCCGCUGAUGUAUGUGAUGUUACCAGAGGUGAUAUCCUCGUUCGAUUGAACGAUUUCGACUUGAAUUCCAUCCCAUCUUCGCCUACGGAGUCCAUAAAUCUCUCCUCCUUGGAUCGUCUCUUGGAACAACUAUCUUCAGAAAACGGGUCGGUUAACUUGUGUGUUCUGCGGAAAUGGAGUCAAAAUGAAGACUUCAGUGAUGUGGAGCUAGACGAAGAAAGCUCAGUUGGGCGGGCACUUCCUCCCAGGAAAGGUUUACUCUCUGAUGUCAACGAAUCACGGGAAAAUAUUUCUGGCCAAAAACCCAGCUCCAUCUCGUAUGAUCCAGGGACGGUCCUAAUAUCCAUUGAAAAUGAACGCCUCCCAGUACUUACUCAACCUUCUAACAAACAGCAGAUCCCUCACGCACGGAAUUUCGGCGCAGAUUCUCCCAGGGCCAUAGAUAAUCCUCCUUUGGAGGUCUCUUUACGGAAUCCCCUUAGUACUCAAAUCGUGAACUACUCAGAGGUCGGUGUCAGUAAUCUUCGUACAUCAAGUCAAGCUGACGAUUCAAGUCAAUCAGUACCUGUGAUAAGUGCCUCCCAUCCUGAAUUGACAAACACCCAACCAAAUUAUGUUUCUCUGGCUGGAGAAUCGAUACCUGAGAAGCAAUUCGAGCGCACCGUCCUGAUUAGUCAGCCUAUGGUUGGAAGGCCCGUGGUCGAGGCUGUUCCAUCGGGACGAGUUCAGGAUGUCUACAGUGCGACCCUUUCAGAUGCCUCCUCACGUAAUCAACAACAGCCCGACUCACCAACCCUCCAUGUUUCUCCUCUUCCACCACCACCCCUACCACUAUCUUUACACAAUUCUGAAACCAUUACUGAUAGCGCAGCAAGCUCCCUUUACUCAAAUGUGCAACCACGUAGUACUAGCAACGAGUGUCUCAAUUUUUCAAAUGGUAGACUACGUCAAGGUGAGCAGCAUCGGACUAGAUCGAUUCCCUUUCUCCCAAGUCCCCCGUCACCAACUUUUCUUGGUGAGUUCACUGAAUCCGGUACACGAGCAAACAGUCAUCGAGUUUCCAGCCUGAACAGUGUUACCCCCAUAAUCGAACGGCCACGUGUUUCCUCAACAGCAAUCGAUCGAUCACACUUGACCAAACAAGAAUUUCAACGCGAAAAAGCAAAUGCCCUGGACUCAGCAGGUGAUCCGCAACCUGCUAGUAAUGGACUUGACCAAGCUGAAAUACGGACCCGUGCAAAGACUACGGGACAAAGGAUUGGUGACAUCGCACUACGGAAUAUUCCACCUCCACCACCUAUGGCACCGUUACUAGAUGGGAAUCGGCCAACGUUACCGAGUGAAUUUUCCCUGCGGCCACCCGUUGAUGCUCAAGAUCGUUUGCUUGAUGCUGCUUCAGAUGGACAAAUGCCACAUGCCCGUGAUGUAUCCAAAAGGCGGUCGUACGCACCUCCUCCGCCUCCAUCAAGCAACUCGGAGGCUCCUCCUGCACCGCCUCGAGUACCACUCAACAGAGGCAUCGACCCGAAGGGCAAGUGCACGGCAUGUACUCAAGAACUCGGAACCGGUAAUCUCAUGAUCAUUGGGUCCAUGAACUUGUGUUACCACCUAGCCUGUUUUGUGUGUUCGUGGUGUGGAGUGCCACUGAACGAUGGGUUAUCCAAUGCGGACGUUCGCAUCCGAAUGGGCCAGCUGUAUUGCCAAGCAUGUUGCCCAUCCAGGCACGGACACAAAACGGCUCCACAAGGGGAUUCCAGUAGACGGCAAAUAACAAACCGUGAUGAACCCGUACCACUCCGACCAUCUGUGCCAAUAAGCUGCAGUGACCGGCGUAUGCGACCACGUGGGCCUUCAAGCCAUAUCGGGAGGACACAAGGUGAGAGUCAACGGUAAUCCGUCCAUUCUUCUUGCGCCUUAGCCAGUUUCUCCGUCUUUCUUAGGUUGAAAUCGAGUCUUAACAAACUCCGUAGGCUCAGAUCGUCCUCCAGUAAAGACCGGUAUUCAGCGUCUGCCCAGAGUUUCCCCAUACACUGCCACGCGGGCUCUCGGAGCGGGCAAAAAUCACACUCUUUUUAAGGACCGAGCUUUCACGUUUAUGUCGAGAAUCGUUCAUAUGGAUAAAACGGACUUUUGAUUUUACCAGUAUACUCAAAACAAAAAGUAAAGAUAUAAAUUUCGUGCAUUUGGCGAUACUUGUUUUGGGUAAUAGCGAGGUGUUGCAGAGAAUCCGAUGUACUUUCUUCUGCCUUGCGCGACAAUCGCC